AAUUGAAAGUUUCCAAAAUGAACAUGGGAAUGUCGAGAGGAUCUAGAAAUACGAAGAAUAAAAAAUGUACAUGUCAAAAUGGAUGUGAGAAAUACUUUGAUGAAUAUUGUGAUAGUACUAGUAUUCAUGGAUUUAAAUAUUUGGCGGAAAAACGUUCAUUAGGAGAACGAUUAUUAUGGUUGAUAGUGAUAACAUGUGCUUUGUUCUCAUGUGGUUACAUGAUUAGUAAAAUUUAUGCAAAAUAUAAUGAAAGUCCGAUUAUUGUUUCCUUUGCAACUAAGGAAUCUCCCAUCUAUACUAUUCCCUUUCCUGCUAUUACAAUUUGUCCUAUAACAAAAGCAAAAAAAAGUUUAUUUAAUUAUACCGACUUCUUGACGAGACCUCACAAUCGAACUGAACAAGAGAAACGAUAUGGCAAGUACAUGUCCUAUGUUUGUGGUUCUAAUAAACUGUUCAAAAAUGAAACAUAUUUCACAGAUGAUAUCUAUGAAGCAUUAGAUGAGAUUAAGAUCCCUGUUGAUCAAUUUAUGGAAAAUUGUUCAUUCAUGGAAACUCCUGGUCAGUGCAGUUGGUUUUUUUCACCAAUAAUUCUAGAUCAAAGUAUUUGUUUUACCUUCAACAUGUUAGAGCGUCAACAUAUUUAUAGGAGUAACGUAGUUCAAUUUUAUGAUGAGUUUAUUGCCUACGAAACCAAUUGGACUGUUGAAAAAGGCUAUUCAGGCGGAAAUGGCAUCAUCCGACCUUUUCGAGCGUAUUUAGCUGGAGCUGAAAAUUCUCUUGAUGUUAUUCUUCACAACAGUUAUAGUGAUUUGGAUCACUUAUGUGCCAAACAUGUUCAAGGCUUUAGUGUAACCGUUCACGCCCCUUUUUCCAUUCCUCAAGUGAGACAACAGUACUUCACGGUGCCUUUUGAUACAGUUAUGAAUGCAGUGGUAUCUCCUGUGGUUAUGUCUACUUCGGCAAAAGUGAAACAAUACAGUCCUAAAGCGCGAGAAUGUUAUUUUUCCACAGAAAAACAUUUAAAAUAUUUUCAAAUUUAUGCUCCAAGAAAUUGUAAAUUGGAGUGUAUAACCAAUUUCACAUUAAAAUAUUGUGGAUGUGUCAGUUUUUAUAUGCCCAGGGAAAAUGGCACCCGAAUAUGUGGUAACGCUAAAUUAGGGUGUGUUAAAAAAGCAGAAUUGGCUCUUAAAGAACAACAGCUUGAUAUUCAGAUAUUUCAAGAAGGAAUGGAUUUCUUUUGCGAUUGCAAACCACUUUGUACUGAUAUAACUUACCAAGUUGAACCAUCUCAAUCACCUUGGUAUCAUGAAAUGAAGCCCACUACAACAAAUAGUCCUUAUUUUAAUAGGACACAUUAUGCGAGGCUCAAUAUAUAUUUCAAACAAGAUUCAUUCUUAACUUCAGAAAGGAAUGAAUUGUAUGGCCCUACCGAUUUUCUGGCAAAUUUUGGAGGACUUUUGGGAUUAUUUACAGGAUUUUCUCUAUUGUCAGCAGCAGAAAUUGUGUAUUUCCUAUCAAUUAGGCUGUUUUGUAACUUCCGGUUAUUUCGAAGAUGGACUGGUCCUGAAAACUGAAAGUUGCUUGAGGCAUUACAUUCCAGAAGAAAAAAUGGAAAGAUUGACUAUACCAGAUGCAAAUAAUACUACACUACAGAUUUCACUACAAGCAAAUUUUUUUAUGUGGUUGUGAAUACAAAUGAAUGUUAAAUCUUCAAUAAAUCAAAUUAAAUGAAGAAAAAAAUUGUAAUGUGGGAAAACUGACCUAGCAUUUAUCUUCAUGGUAUAGGAGUGUAUGUGAGGGUGUGUUGAAGAAAAUAGCUUGGAAGCGAGACCAUUAUCCACAUAAGUUUUCUAUGAUAUUGAAGUGAAGUUUAACAAUCUAUAUAUAUGAAAAUGAAUCCCUAUUUGUCUUGGUCACACCAUCAUUUCCCACAAAAAGGAUGUAAGCAAACCUAGAAUUUCUUAGUGUACAUCACGGAGAAAUACGACAACUAUUAUUUGGACGGGCUAAAAUAAAUAUAAAAGAGCAUCGCUGGAGAUUUAAAAGGAGACCAUGUUGAAAACUAGAAAUGAAUACGGUUUGGCAAAUACAGGAGUGAAUGUCGAGAAAUAUGCCCUUGGUGAAUUAGUACGGUAAAUAAUCAAAGUACUAAAUUCUCUACCCCAGAAUAAAAUAUAUAUUAAGUAACAUUCUUUAAUUAUUCAGGAGACGUAAAUGAAGGUAUUUAUAGUAUUUAUUACUGUUUAAUAAUAUAUUGAUUAAUCUGUUAGAACAAUACAAGGAUGUAUAUCAAACAGGGAUUCAAAUCCUUCGAAAGCAUUAAAACAAUAAUUAAAAAUACAUAAUUGAAGUACAGAUAAAAUAUUUAUUCACUAAAUUAAUUAAAACAAUAGAUAUUUAUACGUUUCGUCUAAAAUUAAAAAAUUUUUCUUUUUUUGUUUGGAGUAGAAAAUGAUGAAGAUUUGAAUUCCAUUUUAUAUGACUGUGAGAAUAAUAAUAUCUGUAUUUUGCACCAAUAAAUAUUUUUCUCGGUAUCCAGUAAAAACAAUGUUAGUAGGUUAGGUAGUCCUCUUCACUAUCUAACAGAACAAUAGAAUUGACAAUAGUUGUUAAGCAUACUACUUGAGAGACUAUACUAACCCAUACCACAAUCAUCCAUACAAGGCGCAUUGAUGGGCGAAGCUAUUUUACAUUUAUUCCUGUAAUUGCCUAUCUGUAUGGUUUUUGUUAAAUCGGAAACUUUGCAGAUAACCCUCGUAUUAUAAAUAAUUCAAAACUCACACAAAUUGGAAUGCUUUUUGUGACUUAAUAAUACAGUAAUUAUGAAAAAGUUGGAAACCCAAAAUGAAUUAUCAAGUUAUGAAUAAACAUUUACCUUUUUCCAUUGAACAUAAUACCUUUCGUUAUAUAACCCACCGGGUUAUAUUAUUCACAUACUGAAAAAUGAGUAGCGUCAAUUAUUUUAGAUAUCGAAUAUAAAUUAAAAAACUAAUUAUUUAUUCAUACUAAUUUCAUAUUUUUGUGAUACGUUAGUUCUAGAGAUACGCAUGCUUUAAACCACUUUUCUUUCUACCAAGAAAACCUUAAAAUUUUGUUGUUUGGAACUAAAUAAUAUGACGUAUUAAAUUGCAAUCCAACUGAUAUAGGUAACCAUUAAAAUUAUCUAUAGUAAAAUUGAAGCUAAUAGAGGAACUAGAACUUUCUCAGUAUUAUUGUUAAGUUCUAGGCUAUAGCAUUUUUUAUAAAAUGGUGGCUAGAACAGUUUAUUUUUCAAUUGUUCUAUUUUCGAUCUUACUUCAAAAACGUUGCGUCGAAGGAUAUAUACUAUCACAACAACAAAAUUUGAACGACAAUUUAUUCGAACAUGGAAAAUUACCAAUUGAAGAUCGUUCCAUGUUUGAUCAAAUGAAUGCUAUGGUUCGUUUACCAGGAGACCUAACUAGAAGAGAUUUUAUAGCAAUGGUUAUGGAUGCAAUAAUUGUUUUACAGUUUCUACCUCUUCCCUGGGCAAUUCUACU